AUGGUGAAGGUGGUGAUCGUCAAUAUUGUCAAUGCAAGAGGGAGUUGUGCCCAGAGAGCAGCUGGCAAGGAGCGCCAGGCUGUCUCAACAAGCGUUGCCAAUCCGUGCCCCUUGCCCUGUGGCGGCCUGGCUGCCAGCUCAGGAAGGUCCUCUCUGUAUCCCCCCUGCGAAACAAGCCUGCGAUGGCAGCACCGUGCCCCUGUCAAGGUGGUCAACGAACCCAUUUUGGCCUUCAAACCUGGAAGCCCUGAGCGAGCCGCCCUCCAGAAGGCUCUGAACGACUUGAAAGGCAAGACAGAGGAGAUCCCAUGUGUCGUCGGGGGCGAGAAAGUGUGGACAACCGAUGUGAGGUAUCAGGUGUCGCCCUUUAACCAUUUACACAAAGUGGCCAAAUACUGCUAUGCGGAUAAGGACUUACUGAAUAAGGCUAUAGUCGCUGCUUUGGGCGCCCGGAAGGAAUGGGAUCUCCGGCCCAUCCAGGACCGCGCGGAGGUCUUCUUCAAAGCCGCCGACAUCCUGAGCAGGCCCAGAAGGGCGGAGAUCUUAGCCAAGACCAUGGUCGGCCAGGCUAAAACAGUCAUCCAAGCCGAAAUCGAUGCGGCCGCAGAGCUGGUCGACUUUUUCCGCUUCAACGCCAAAUAUGCCAUGGAGUUGGAGGGGGAGCAGCCUAUCAGCGCCCCUCCCAGCACCAACAGCCUGGUGUAUCGGGGGCUGGAGGGGUUUGUGGCUGCGAUCUCACCCUUCAACUUCACUGCCAUCGGAGGAAACCUAGCCGGGGCCCCAGCGUUGAUGGGCAACGUGGUCCUUUGGAAACCCAGCGACUCGGCCAUGCUCUCCAGUUACGCUGUCUAUCAGGUCCUCCUGGAAGCCGGGCUGCCUCCCAACGUCAUCCAGUUCGUCCCAGCCGAGGGCCCCACGUUCGGUGACACUGUGACCAGCUCAGAGCACUUGGCUGGCAUCAACUUCACCGGCAGCGUGCCGACCUUUAAGCAUCUCUGGAAGCAGGUCUCUGAGAACCUCGACCGGUAUCGUACCUUCCCACGGCUGGCUGGGGAAUGCGGAGGGAAGAAUUUCCACUUCGUCCACGCCUCAGCUGACGUGCCCAGCGUGGUGAGCGGGACGGUCCGGUCUGCCUUUGAGUACGGCGGCCAGAAGUGUUCGGCCUGUUCCCGCCUCUACGCGCCCGACUCUCUGUGGCCUCGCAUCAAAGCCGGGCUGCUGGAGGAGCACCGGAAGAUCAAAGUGGGAGACCCGACCGAAGAUUUCGGAACGUUCUUUUCGGCUGUGAUUGACAGCAAGGCUUUCGGGCGCAUCAAGAGGUGGCUUGAGCAUGCCAAAUCUUCACCCAAUCUGAGCAUCCUGGCUGGGGGUGGCUGCGACGACGCAGUGGGCUAUUUUGUCCAGCCGUGCGUUGUUGAGACGAAAGACCCGAAGGAUCCCAUCAUGCAAGAGGAAAUUUUUGGGCCAGUUCUCUCGGUAUACGUCUAUCCGGAGAAGCAGUACAAGGAUAUUCUCCACCUGAUUGACGGCACCUCUCCGUACGGCCUCACAGGGGCGGUGUUUGCCCAGGAUAAGGCUGUCAUUGCCGAAGCCACCAAACUCCUAAGGAACGCGGCCGGGAAUUUCUACAUCAACGAUAAGUCCACCGGUGCCGUUGUGGCCCAGCAGCCAUUUGGGGGUUCUCGUGCCUCAGGAACCAAUGACAAGCCGGGCGGCUCUCAUUACAUCCUGCGCUGGACAUCUCCCCAGGCGGUCAAGGAGACUCACGAGCCGUUGGGGGACUGGAAAUACCCAUACAUGCAGUGAUGCGGCUUAAGCGGCCUUUCGCAUCGAAACUGCCACCGUUGCCGCGCCGGACCGGCGUUCUCUUCAGCGGCCGUCCUUGCCGAUCCCUCCUAAGGCACAAAAUCGCUGAAUUGAUUUCCUUCACCACCACUCCGGGGAAUUAAGAGUAACGUUUGCCUUAAAAAAAAAUAGCUUCCUACUGAAAAUCCAAAACGAUUCCUCCAUUUUAGUACAGCCACGUGUUAAAAGCUUGUGCCUUUCUAAAGAGAAGCUUUGCUGCUGAACACUCUUAACGCGCGUUCAUCAGCUUUUGUACCUGUUUCUAAUAAAAUUUUGCCCCUUCCAUCGGAGGGCAGGGAAGAAGCGACUUGUACCGAAAGCAGCGUGGUGAAUCUCUUCCAUUAAAGAAACAGCAGAACGGCAAAGGCGGACCCACGUCCAGAGAAAAUUGGGAGCGUCGUGUGUCAAAUCAGCAUGUAGGAAAAACUGAACUAAACCCACUCCUAUAAACUUUCUUCUUGCAGAUCCUAAGGAAUCUUGGUUGAGAUUUUUGUUGAAAUGUUUCGCUUCUGUGGCAACCACCCUCCAGAUGGGACGCUGGUUCUUUUUAAAAGAUGUAUUUUUGUAGAUUCGAACGCUCAAAUCGGGGACGGGUAAUGCUUUAAAGGAGGCCUCUUGGCAGCUUGCAAACUAAGCCAGGCUGAUUCUCUGCGAAAGCUCUAAAAUCAAGGGACAGAAGAAUAAAUCGAUAGGAAAAAUUAAGUGUACGAAACUGAAUGAUCGAGGAACAGCUGACGAGCAACUAAUUUGCAGUAUCUUAAAGGGCUUAAAACUUACAAAAAUAUCCACAAUCAUGGUUGCAUCGUUUGCUUAUCCCUAUUUCGCUGACUAACAUUUCAGCCCUUGUAGCGUGUCUUUGAAAAUUGAUUUAUAACGAACAGCUUAAGCAGAUGUAAACCAACUUGGUUCUACUCCAUUAAUUCUUAACUCAGAUCUUACUUAUCCUUUUUUUGUUUUUUUUUUCGGAUAAUGGUUUUGAUUUCUGGUCCAGAUAUUCAGACUCACGUUUUAAUAAUUUCCUGCCCAGCCAGAUCUACAUUUCCAGUCUUCCUGGCCUAUCCACACUGCAUUUCCAUCAAAGUAGAGUGUCCCUGUAUGGAUAGAAAUGCUUCAAAGUCUGCUCUUAUUUUUCCUGCCCAAAAAGGCUGCCUUCCUUCCCUUAAGCAGAUGCUUACUAAACUGUGAUUAACGCUCAGAGAAAACAGAGCAGAACUGCAACGGCUGACGAUUGUAUCACAAAAAGGUCUCAACACUGGAUGCACUUCGAAAAAGGGGGAAAAUAGCUAGCUAGCUAGCUAAAUCAAUCCUCCCCGAUCUGGUGCUGGCUAGAUUAGAGCUCCCAUCUUUCCCAGACAGGGUUGCCCCUCCAACACGUGGGGACGCUACCAAGUUUGAGCUCACUUGGGUUGCAAUCAGCGUCACAAUUCCUGGCUUGGUGGCGCACGGAGAGCCAACGUCUGUAUGGCCAUCCGAGUUUAAAUGGCUCCGUAGGUGGGUGGAAGUGAAUUUGGUUGAUUGGAACGCUGAUAAUGUGUCAGGAGAAGACUUAAUAAAGCUUUCU